AUGGCUUCUCAACAAGUCAUUUGUAUUGUUUAUUACAAUGGUUCAAUUGUCGAUGGAGUUGAAGGGAAAACAUUUGUAAGUGAUUACAAAAAGGCGUUCAAAGUACAUUCUAGCAGCAACCUUGCUCGUCUAAAGAAUGUCAUUAAGAAAAAGUUGCAGUUCGACGACAACGUGACGAUAACUGAUAUAGUUUAUCGACACCUUGUCUUCUUUGGUGAAAAUACAACCAGAUUUGAAUUGAUGAAGGUUUGUGAUGACGAAGAUGUUGAACUCAUGUUUGAUGUUUAUGCACAAUGGUCACAACUUGGCACCAUUGAGUUAUACAUUACAUUUGAAAGUGGUCCUACUUCACAACACAACACUAUCAACCCAUCACAACCAUCAACCUCAAACAUUGAAGAUGAUGAAACAUACUUCGAUGAAUCAUCUGGUGAUUCUGACGAUGAUGAUAUUGAUGAAGAUAUGGAAGCAGAAGAUCAACUUAUCCCACCUGUAUUCGAUCCACCAUUCCACAUGAAGAACAUCAAUCUAUCCACCGCAAACCAACCAACUGAAUUUGAUCACAUGUUCAUUGACGAAGUCCCAAAUUUAGAUGGAACUCUUGAAGUUGGAAUGAAGUUUCAGAGCAAGGAUGAAUGUGUACAUGCAAUCAAGCGUUAUCAUCUAAAACAAUCAUUGAACUUUGUGGUGCAAAAAUCAGAUCUAGAAAGACUAUUUUGGGUUUACGUUCCAUGCAUAUCUGCGUUUAAAUUUUGCAAACCAAUUGUACAAGUUGAUGGAACUUGGUUAUACGACAAGUAUAAGGGAACUCUAUUGGUAGCAGUUGCACAUGAUGGGAACGACAAUAUCAUUCCAAUUGCUUAUGCUCUUGUGGAAUAUAGACACGAAUCUAUCAAAAGUGCUUACAAUAAGACAAUCGAACAAAUUUAUGGCAAUUGGGAAGAGUCGUACAAUCAACUUCCACGAUGGUUAUUAGUUAUGCAAACGUUUGCUCCAGGAACCAUUAUUAAAAUGGAAACAAUCCUAGCUUAUAAUGAACAUGGUUUGAUAAAUGGGAUGACAAUCUUUCAUAGACUAUUUUGGGCUUACGUUCCAUGCAUAUCUGCGUUUAAAUUUUGCAAACCAAUUGUACAAGUUGAUGGAACUUGGUUAUACAGCAAGUAUAAGGGAACUCUAUUGGUAGCAGUUGCACAGGAUGGGAACGACAAUAUCAUUCCAAUUGCUUAUGCUCUUGUGGAAAGUGAGACAAAAGAGGCUUGGAGUUUCUUUUUGAGAAAUUUGAGAUCACACGUCACUCCACAAGGUUAUUGUUAUGGUUACUCAAUCAAUGAGUCUACAUAUCGAUACUACCGCAGAGAAAUUGGCAUCGCAAACCCAGAAGCUUUGAAAUGGUUAGACAAUAUACCACGACAAGAUUGGAUUCAAGCAUUUGAUGGAGGUAGCCGUUGGGGUCAGAUGACCACCAACCUUGUGGAGUCGAUGAACGCACAUGUUCUAGCAUCAAAUAUGAUUAUUGAAGCCUUAUAUCCGAAGUGUACAAGGUGGAAACAGUACUUAAAGUCUACAGUGAAGCGUUUCAACCGAUACCAAACGAAGGAUAUUGGCCACAAUAUGAAGGUGUUAAGGGCCAGUUCUGUGAAUCUGCAUUUCCUUGAUCCCGAAAUAGAUAUGACUUUUUAUUUACAUCGUAGAAUUAAAAGAGCAAUUAGUGCUAAUGAAUUAAGUGGUGAAAGUGAUUUUGUGUUUAAUCAUACCUUAUUUGAAUCUGAUUAUGAGUGUGAGUUCACCAAUCAAAAUAUGGAUAAUAUAACCUUAAGACAAUUUGUUGCACCUUAUGCCACUUAUAAUGCGUUUUGUAUCGAAUAUCCUGAAGUUACUGUACCAUUUGAACUUAAAUAUGGUUUAAUACAUGUUUAA